AUGGUGAAGAACAACGGCGAACCGAUCAACCUUCCCUUUGGCGAGCUUUUCGCCGAAUGCUCUGUCAUGAUGAACGCUGGCACGGAGACAACCACGGCUUCUCUCACAAACUCCUUAUCACAAACUCCUUAUAUCUCAUAUACACCCAUUCUGAUGUGCUCCAGCAGCUCCGGCAAGAACUGGAUCCUGAAUACCGUACCAGCAUACGAUUCCGUCGGACAGCUGCCGUUUCUGAGAGCCUGUGUUGAGGAAUCUCUUCGCGUUCGACCUGCGAGUUCUAUGGGUUUGCCUAGGGUUGUCCCGGAAGGCGGUCGGAUGAUCGCAGGGAAGUUUGUGACUGAGGGCGUCACUGUGUCAGUUCCGACCUACACCCUGUUGCGGGAUGUUGAGACUUUCGAGGACGCCGAGACGUACCGACCUCAGCGCUGGAUUGACGGCGACAAGAACAAAAUGCUCAAGGUCCACUUACCAUUCAGCAUAGGACCUCAGGUAUGUAUUGGCAGAAAUAUUGCCUACUUUGAACAGCUAAUGCUCAUCUCAACCUUGGUGCGAAACUUUGAUUUCGAGUUGGCAUGGCCGGAUCAAGAGGUCAGGACUCUGGAGCGGUUCAACUCCAACCCAGAUGAACUCUUCUUUUGUUGUAGACUUCGCGAUCUCUAG